UCAUUUUCCCGUAUAAUAAUGAUUCACGAAAUCGAAAACAAUGCCUUAAAUCAGAAUUCCAAACUCAUUAAUACAUUCAGAGGACUUUGGAUGAAUGUGAACAAUAUGAUCGGGAGUGGAAUAUUUUCUACGCCUGGUCUUAUUUGGUAUUUAACUGGAAGCGGUGGAAUGACUUUGCUCUUGUUCGUUAUAGGGGCACUCUUUUCUUUUGCGGGAAGUCUUAUAUACGUCGAGCUCGGUAGUAAAAUACCCGAGUCAGGCGGUGAGCAACGCUAUCUAGAAAAAUCGUUUCCGAACCCCGAUAAAGUUAUUGGAUAUAUAUUUAGUUUCUGUAUAAUCACUUUUAUGAGUAGCGGUGCCAUUAUAACAGAUGCAAUUAUCGCGUCAGAAUAUAUAAUUUAUGCAAAGUCUAACGACACUACCACUUUAUAUCCUGAAGGAUAUGUCGCGUCCUCCUUAUUUUGGGAAUUUUUGACAUUAUUGAUUAUUUCCAUAAUUGGAUUGACGGAAAUUGCAAAAAAUUCUGAAAAGCUAACUUGGAACGCUCUGUUCUCUGGAACAAAAGGAAUUGGAAAUUUUGUAGAUCACGAUGAGGCCCACAGAGGCACUUAUAAAGAGAUCAUGAGUGCAACAUUAGGUGAUGUAAUUGAUUUUAGACGCGGGAUUUCGACUUUGGUUGCAUUAUCUUCAAUUGGGGCCACCGCUUCAAUAGUUUGGAGUGGUUCUAGAAUUAUUGCAUCUGCUGCCGAUAGCGGAUUCAUUCCCUACUUCUCUUCGCACUUAAAAGAAUUUAAAAGUGUUCCUAGGGCUAUCUUAAGAAGAUUUCAAGUUGUUAACGUAGAUCACAAUGACGAUGAAAAUAAUGAUGAAAAUAGCGUAGAUCACAAUGAAAAUAUCGAUGAAAAUGACAAUGAAAAUAAUCAUCAUGACGCUCCCAUUAGUGCAUUGAUUCUUCAAUGGCUAUACUGCUCUGUAAUCAUUUUCUUCUUUCCACCAAGUCACCCUUACGAAAUACUCGUAACCAUGAUCCAAUAUUCGGCUCUCAUAUUCUAUGGUCUCAGUGCUUUGAGUUUACUGUUCUUAAGAAGAAGAAAUAAUGAAUUUCGUAACGGUCUAUUUGAAGUUCCAAGAAAAAUAGUUUAUUCGUUUUUCAUAAUAACAGUGAUUAUCUGUAUCGGAGCUUUUGUGCCAUCGGAAAUUACCGAUUCAUAUUACUAUAUACGAUACCUGCUUUCUUUCGUUUUCAUGGGCAUCGGAUUAAUAUUUUGGACUUUUCAAAGAAAAUCAAUUAGAAAUCGUGGAUAA